AGAGAAUAAGAGAGAGAAGGAUGGGAGGAGACAGUGAAGCAUGAUUUCUAUUAAUUCCGUCGGUCUCGAGUGGCGGUUUUGAGUAAGUCGGGGGAGGUGACAGCAAGCCCGAAGUGAACAGAAGAGCACACAAAGCAUCCAAAGCUCGCAUAAAGAACACGAGGAAGGCAACAAAAAGCAAGCAAGCAUGCAGCCCAUAUCAGUCGCCCAUUCGUCCGGCCGCGGUGAGGUGAUGUCAAAAGGUGUAGAAGAGGCCAAGAAUAGACGGAGAAGCUUGAAGACUGUUGAUGGAGAAGGAGAGUUUCAUGGACAUGCUGGGCUCAGAGGAGGGAAAGGAUCAUCUGUUCUCUCCACCCUCUUGUCUCUCAUCUCCCUCCUCCUCCUCCUCCUGCUACUCCUCUUCAACGUCAGCACAGAUGCUAUGGUGUGGUGGGAAGGAGGAAGAUGCUGUUGCAGUACUUUAUGGGGUUCCUCAGAUAUCAACUGACUCUUCUCUGUCUUCCCCCUCCUCUUCUCCACCUUCCACCACCAUCAGUACUUGCAAGUCUCCAAAUAAGACGAAAGUGGGAAGAGGGCGAAGAACAACAAGUGUGACAGCCACCAAAUUCAACACUACCAAGAAGCCCAAGACAGCAGGCUCAUCCUGUCCAGGCACGAUCAUGGUGAGGAAAGACAAGUUAGGGGAAAGAAUUAUGGCACUGCAGCAGCUGGUCUCUCCAUUCGGCAAGUCUGAUACGGCUUCGGUUCUGCAUGAAGCCCUGGGGUACAUCCGAUUCCUGCACGACCAAGUCCAGGUUCUGAGUUCUCCAUACCUGCAACGCCUGCCGUCCUCUGCUCACCUGCAUGAAGGGAGAGAGAAGAAUGAUCUGAGGAGCCGGGGGCUGUGCCUGGUCCCAGUGGCGAGCACCGAGCACGUGGCGAGGAGCAACGGUGCCGAUCUGUGGUCGCCGGCCGCCCAUGGGAAGUAGCAGCAGCAGAGACGCUCCUCCUCUUCCCUGGAGUUAGCAGGCAAAAGCCUCGUUUCUUGAAGCUCCUCCUGUUUUGAUUUCCUUGCUACCAACAACUCCCUCUCGGGCUGCUCAUUCCUUUGCACUUCCCAGUUGCAGAAAGAAAGUAUAUCGAUCGCGCUACGACGUCUAAUUCAAUCAUAGAUUGAAUUACUGCAUAUUAGAGUUUAAUAUAAUUUGGAAUCUUUUCUGAA